CCUAAAUUCCAAAUUCCAACCCAAUCCCACCCAAAUUCAGUUAUUGCGGUCCGUCAGGGCUGAAGAAGAAAGGAAAAGAAGAGCGUUGCGAAGUGAAUUGAGUGAAUUGAGUAAAUUUCAUUUUAUCAAACACCUUACUGAUAUUUGUAUAGUAAAUUGAGUAAUUCAUAAUUGAUCGACGGGUGAUGAAUUUUGUAUUUGGGAUACUGUGACCAACCAUUGUGCGGACAAGGAUUUGCUGUGCAACUUAUGAUUACGAAGGAUGCAGUUUGGUACUUCUUGGAAAAAGGGAUUUGUUGUACAACGUAUAGGAUUAUUAAGGAUGCAGCUGGUAUUUCUUGGAAAAAAAGGCCAUGUAAGGAUCAGCACUUUCUCAGUGGGAUAUGAGAGAGCUCAUUUGCCCAGAAAUAGUGCAAGAGCAUAUAGCAAUCCCAAGAAUUAUAAACGAAGGGGGAUCGAUGCAAUUCACACAUUACUAUAUACUAAUAGAGUUGUGCAGAAGUUAUGGAGAUGUGAAAAGGCUGGGAACUCACAGAAUAAUUUGAAGUCCUGUCGAGCGGCACCUGCAUACAAAUAGAGCUGCGCAAAAGUUGUAGAGAAGUGAAAAGGCUGAGAACUCACAUAAGACUUUGAAGUACUGUUGAUGGGCUAAUCAGCUUCUCUCUAAUUGACCAGUUCCUCUGUUCACGGUAAUUACUCAUCUUAAACUGCAUUUGCCUGAAAGUGAAAAAAAAAAACAUUUUUUUGUUAGUGCUCUUUUGAGAUAUACUAAGAACUCGAGAGUGUAUCCAAAUGUAAAUGUAGGUGCAAACCUGAAUUAUGAAGUUGCCUCUGAAUAGAUCUCAAACAUGUAGCCAACAAAAGGAGCGCCACCUCCUUUCCGAGCCUAACUACUUAGAUUUAGACCACCAGAACAUAUAGAUCGAAAAACCAUAACUGAAACCACCAAUACCAAUAAAACAAAUCACCGACCCUUGAAAAAUAGAUCACCGCAAAACCCUUCUCCUCCACUUUUCGUAUCCAUAUAUCUUUUGUGCAAGUUGCUAUAAGUGAAUAAAUAACAGAUCUAGAAUAUUUAUAACGCGGCAUUCUAGGAAAGGGAAAAAAGAAUUGGCGUUUCGGCGUUUCCGUCAAUGAUCUGUACAUCGGCAAAGCAAUUGAAAAGAUAUACCCUUAAUUAGCAAAUAUAGAGGAUUUCAUCACUCAUUCUAAACCACCUCAAGAAAAAAUAAUAAUUAGAUCUUGUCUGUUUUUCAUACCUUGACCUUAAUUGGACUUGGAUUUCCAUCGUAGAUCUUGUUUUUGCUCCAUUCCGAUGCGAGGUUUU